AUGUCCGGAAAGAUAUUCUCUAACGAAGCCUCUUUAGGCGGAGUCUCCUGGCAUUCGAACCUCUACGGCUGGGGAUGUGAUAAUAUUGAUGCCUAUGAAGUGGUCCUGGCCGAUGGCUCGGUCGUGACAGCCAGUAAAGAUUCGCUUCCAGACCUGUACAAAGCACUGCAGGGAGGAAUCGCUAAUUUUGGGAUCAUCACCACCUUCCUUGUCAAAGCAUAUCCUUACACCGGUAUGUGGGCAGGGACAAAGGCUUUUGAACACCACUACAGCGCGGAAGCUACAAAGGCAUUCGUUGAUAUUAGUUCGAUGAGCGACUCGGUGGAACCUAAGUCCUUCUUUAUACUCAGCCUCAGUACAACAGAAGAAAAAUCCUGGGCAUUGGGGUCCACUCUCAUCUACUGUCAUGCGAACGUCAACCCCACUUGUUUCCAAGCGACCGAUAUUAUGCCUGCGCUGGUAGACGACUGUCGCGUGAGACACCAGACAGAAUGUGUGCCACAGUUGCAGGCCUACUAUCCGUCCUGGAUGCAGUACUCGGCCUGGACUAUUGCCACCCAGGUCGAUCUCAACACAAUUCGUGUUUGCUGCACAACCUGGAAGGAGGAAAUGGAGCCUCUUCUGGAUGAGGUUGAAGAGCUCGUUCCGGUGCCUCGCAGUUCAGUACAUAACGGCAGCAGUAAUGAGGGUGCGGGACGCAACGGAGGGAAUGUUAUCGGACUUGGAGGAACUCAAUCUUUCAUCAGUCAAAGACAAUGCUUUUAUACUUUAGUCAACUUUGCGAAACCUGCGCGUCCAGCUAUAUUGUGGAUUCAAUUAUGCCUUCGCUUCUAA